GUCACUGAUGAAAUUUACGAAGAGCCCAGCCCCCUAGAGUUCAUGCGUUAUGUCUCAAGGAAUACACCUUUUGUGGUGAGGAAUGGUGCUGCUCACUGGGAGGCCACCAAGACCUGGACGUUCGACUAUCUCAAGAAUUUCCUGCGCCAGCAGCAUGUGAAUGUUGCCAUCACCCCAGAAGGGUGAGUCUCUUCUCCGCGACCUGCUCAAUGUAAUUGAUGCAUACACCUCAACCAUAGAUUCUUUCUGACUACUUCGAUUCCCUGCUCAGCAAUGCCGACUGCCCCACGGUGCAUGAGAAUGGUGAGCUCGUCUUCGCCAAGCCAUGGGAGGAGGACCAGGCGUUUCCUGAAUUUCUUGAUUACGUGCGCCAUCAAGAGAUGAAUCCAUCAGAUCGCAAAUUCUCUGAGGUCAGAUAUGCACAAACUCAAAAUGACAACCUCAGGCACGAGUACGUCUCUCUUUUCAACCAGGUUCAGCGAGACAUCCCAUUUGCACGUAUCGCUCUACAGAAGGAGCCGGAUGCCAUCAAUAUGUGGGAACUCUCGCUCCGUGACGGCGCUUCAUUUAGACAAUUACGAGAAUAUCUACGUGCAGGUUCUGGGACAAAAACACUUUGUCCUGCUGCCUCCUCACUCCCAUCCCUGCGUCAACAGGAAGCCCUUGCGGCCGGCCACUUAUGCUCGAAGUGACAAGGACGACAGCCUCGACCUUGUCAUGGAUCCUGCCUUGAGCCCAGGGGAGGAGGCUGAAUUUGUCACAUUCGCCAUCUGGGACCCAGAUCGACCUGCGGAGAACCCAACGCCUUACUCAAAGCUGGCCGAGCCUAUACGUGUCACGCUGGAGAAGGGAGACAUGCUGUACCUCCCAGCGAUGUGGUAUCACAAGGUCUCGCAGUCUUGCUCGGAGGAGGGGAUCUGUGUGGCUGUUAACUACUGGUACGACAUGGACUUUAGUGGUCCCUUAUACCCGUUGACAUCGUUUGUGCGAUCGGUGAGCUAGCACAGGUGAACUCUGUGCGCACUUACGUAUCUCAGUGGAAAUGGCACACAGCUCAGACUGAAAGGCCUCCAUCGUUCAUAAGGAACCCGUUCUUCAUUACAAACGGCCAACAAUAGGCAGUAUUCCCAUCCAGUGCAUCUGUCAGACCUUCCAUAGCUCUCAGAUGAUUGACCAUGAACCAAAUCCUCCCAUCCAUCCGCAAUGUUUUGGGCGAGAUCCCAAUCAUCAAGGUCAUCCAUCCUGCCGCCCGAAUAGCUGUGAGUAGUGCCUCACAGGCCUGAAACCAUGCAUGUCUUGCCCUGCAAAACAAAAGAAGGGGUUGGAAUAACAAUGUAAAUUAUGCAAACCAAUUCAGGAAUGCAACACACUGACAAGUGUCGCCAUGCCG